AUGAUCGCGUUGCCGGAGGAAUUCGAUUCCGUCUUGGGGGAAUGGCACCUAUCCAGGUUCAAGGGUCUAUCCGAGGAGGAGCAGAAGGCCGAGGCCGCUAAGUUAGCUCCUCGGAUCAAAGUUAUGAAUGAAGAGUUUUCCGAUCUAACCCGCGCCAUGGAGAGUCGCAACAUAUUUGCAGGGGGCAGAGACGUUCUUGACUGGGAAAAUUUUGUCAAGUCACAAUACGAGGAUGACCCGAAAAUUGUAGCGAAGGUGAUGUUCGUGAUGUUGGCAUCUCAUUUUCAGGGCGAUGAUCUCGCUAAUCUCCAGAUCGAGAAGUGGGUAGAAUUGAAGAAAGAUCCGGCAACGGUUUUUGAGCUAUUGCAGCUUCACCAGACAGAUGUCAAUCCUAUUAAGAGCCUACUCUUUCAAAAAUGGGUCGCAUUCGUACAGUUAAGGUACCCCAAUCCGAAGAAGAUGGCAGACCAAGUGUUGCUGUCUAUCUUGGCUAAACAUUUUGAAAAUAACGAUGAUGCUUUGUGCAGUGCUCUAGUGGCGGGAACGAAGACAGGGAGUGCCAAAAUCGUAGCAGAACGACUGCUAGGCCACCAGCUGAGUUUGUGGGGAAAAGAAAAGAUCGGAAAAUCCGGGAAGUUUUUAUAA